AAAAGUGACGGACAAUUCAGAGUGACCAACUUUCAAUAGGGAUAGUUUGUCAGCGGUAAAAAGAAGACAUUGGAAAUACUUUCUUGAUUUCAACCCCAAAAUAUUUUAAUCCUUUAAAUACCUGUAAAGAUGAGCUGUAUCCCUGUCUCACACAGUAUGAGCACCAUUCUCAGUCAAGUAGAAUCUCAGAUGGAGGACAGUUCAGUGGAGCGAAGAGGCAGCAGAGCCUACCAGAUCUUUCCAGAAGCCGACAAAAAUGAAGACUCUGAUUCCAGUUCUUACCCGGAUGACUUUCUGUAUAGGAGGGAGCGUCUCCCCUCUAUUGUUGUGGAGCCCACUGAGCUCAGUGAGUUGGAGAGUGUGGCGUAUCACUGGCCUCGUCAAUGCCAAAUGAGCCACAAUGUGGGUGAAGAGGAGGAAAGCUCUGGUGAUAACACAGAGGCCUCUGUGGAUGGAGAUCAGCAGGAGGAGAUGGGGAUGGAAGAAAGCUCAGUUGGCAGGAAGUUUUCUAUUGGACCGUCCCAGAGUCAACUCUCCCUCUCCCGUCUGACUCCGCCUGCCUCCCCCACCCACCUUGAAGCUGCCCCACCAUGUCAGAAGAGUUGAACUAGUACAACCAGUAUGGACUGACACCAUUGCAGUUUACCUGAAUUGUGUAUAUAUAUUGUGUUUAUAUAUAAAUGUAUAACCAGUUCAUGAGUACUAUACCAAUAAAUGAUAAUCCUAUUGGGAAGGGUGAGUAAAGUGAAGAUGCAAGAUCCAUUUCAGAUAACUAAUAUUAAGGUGAUCCAGUAUUGCUAUAUCCAGUUUAGAAUUAUCUGUGGUUAACUGCUGCACUUACUGUUUCUGACUUGUGGACUGAAGUAAUGAGACUGUAGCGACAACCUCCAGUACUUCUGAGGGUGAAUUUAUUCCUUUGCAACACCAGUCUCAUUCUACAGCACGCAUGUGAUGAAUUAUCCAGUUUACUAAAGCAUGAAGGCCCAGACCCCAAAUGUCUGUUAUGGCUGUUACCAUAGCAAUGUGAGCUACAACUGUGGCAUGGAAUAACUUCGUCAUGGCAUUAGUGGACCCACAGAAUGGAGGGCACCUCCAUCAUGUCAAAAUAAUUGACCAGUAUGUAUGAGGUUUUCACAGAUAUGAAUAUUGAAUUAAAUUGCCUAAUAAUUAAACUGUAUAUGUCAAGGAGUAAAAUCAUCUUUGAUGGAAUUAAGACCAUGUUGGGACAUUACAGCUAUUACCCCCAUCUAUUGACCUACAUACAAGUGUACAGUCCCUUCGAAAUGUAUGUUUUUUUUUUUAAGUCAGAGUAUAGAAGUCAUAGUAAUGUCACCAACUGUAGUAUGGAACAUUUGUAUAACAGUUACAGUAAUAAGGCCACGUUCAUGUUUACAAUGCUCACUAUAUCAACACCUUCAUAUAAUUCUGUAGGUUCAGCCACAUUUGAGAAUACAAUAGAUGGCGACUGUUGAGAUCAUCAAUGUUAUUGUUUUUUAUAGCCACAGAUUUUGGGUGAACUGCUCUU